AUGCACCAGCUGCCUCGGUGUAAAGUAUCCCAAAUAAACAUCAACAAUGACAACAGUUGGUGCUUCACGGGACAGACUACGUAUUGUGGCGGGCGUUACGUCUCUGGCGGAAAAUUAUUCCGAAAGGAUUAUGAAAACAUAAAUGUAAACAAAUAACGAUAUCUGAUCUUGAUUAGUUGACAUUCAACAAGUCGACAAGCAGCAAUUAUACACGGAUCAUAUGUGUAAAACCUGCGCACUCACGAUGACUUAAAAUUGAACCAAUAUGCUGCACUGAUUUCAGAUUGCACUUCACAUUUUUCGAACCAGUAUUGAGGUAAUUUCUAAUUCAAACGGAGUUAUGGUGAGCACCUGACGGUUCCAAGCGCAAUAAACAAUUUGUUCACAUAACGGCCAUAAAAGUUCAUUGGAACCAGAUACUUUGCAUGCGGUGCGGUUCUUCUGCGAACUGCAUCUUUCCAAAUGCCAUUCCAUCUGCUCGCUCACCAAGGCAAGGUCAGCCCGUGAUUAGGAACUACCUAUCUACGAUGUUACAUUAUCCGUGUAUCCGGUGCGACAUUUGGGGCGAGUUGCACCAUUCCUGUGCAUUUACCUUGGAUCGGUCUGAGACCGCAAAGCGAUGUGUGCUGCUGCACUAUUGGCCAGGACUAAGUGCGGUAGUGACAGUCAGCUGGGGUUGCUAGUAUGAACUCAUUUAACCAACUUUACGUAAAAACUCCGAGGAGUGUACAUAUGGUGCAGCCCAUAGCGCGUUUCGGCUGAUGCACUCACAACAGCAACAACAACAACGGCGGCGGCGGCAAACCACCGAUGGCCAAUACGAUACCAAGCCAAAGCAGCGAAGGAAAAAUACGGUAAGAAGUGGUUGAAUUCAUUCAGUGCUUUCGAUUUACGGCGAGAGCAUGGGGUGUAUAAAACCACCAGCUGAUCGGUGGAAUGGUAUCAUUCACUUGUGCUCAUCUCGCCGGCCAAUACCGUCGAUCCUACCAACCAGUACACUGUGGAGCGCAGUUCUAACCGCAGCGCGAAGGCAAUCAUGAAGGCGUUCAUCGUGUUUUCCGUGGCUUUGGCAGUCGCCGCCAGUGCAGCAGUCGGCGAGUCCAAGAAGGAGAAGCGAGGUCUCUACGAUCUGGGUUCGGAGUACAAAGGAUUCGACGAUCAUCAUUUGCACGAUCUGGAUUACCACCACCACCACCAUCACGACUUCGAUCAUCACCAUCACGCCGAGCUGAAGCAUGUGACGAUCGAGAAGAAGGUUCCCGUCCCGUACCCGGUCGAGGUGGAGAAGCACGUGCCAGUGGAAGUGAAAGUACCCUAUCCGGUCGAGGUCGAGAAGAAGGUCCCGGUGAUCGUCGAGAAGAAAGUUCCGUACUACGUGGAGAAGAAGGUCCAUGUGCACGUAGACCGUCCCGUUCCGUACCCGGUCGAGGUCAAGGUCCCCUACAUCAAGAAGGAAUACGUCGAAGUGCUAAAACCGUACGCAGUUCAUGUCGAGAAGCCAGUCCCAGUGUACAUCCACAAGCCGGUGUACAUCGAGAAGACGGUCCCAGUCACUUUCAAGAUCAAGGAGCACAAGAAGGGCUUCUGGGGCUAAGUGCGCGCGCGCUAGUUGGUUGUGUUAGGUGCCUACUGUUAGA